AUGUCGACAGAAUUCCAAACAGCGCUCGUCGGCACCGCCGACGGAUCCAUAUGCCUGUCGACUACUGCACCUAUACCCAAGAUAAUAAGCAACAGCGUUCUCAUCAAAAUCAAAGCUGUCUCCGUCAACCCAGUCGAUUCCAAAAUGGUUGGCGAUUAUGUCACAGAAGGCGCUGUGGCCGGGUUUGACUUUGCCGGCGUGGUGGAGGAAGUUGGACCAGAGGCGACAGAGUGCGACAUACACGUUGGCGACCGCGUCUGUACCGCCAUCAUGGGGAUGAACCCAAAUGACCCGGGCAUCGGUGCCUUCGCCAAUUAUACAGCAGCGGUCGAAUGGAUAUUGCUCAAGAUCCCACCCAGCCUCAGCUUCGAAGAAGGAGCGUCGCUCGGCAUCAGCUUCAUGACGACUGGUCUCGCGCUCUUUAAGAGCCUCGACGUUCCAGGAUACCCGCUCGAGCCCGGAGCUCGUAAGAUUGCCGUCUUGGUAUUUGGAGGUUCGUCUGCCACGGGCACAGCCGCCAUCCAGCUGCUCAACCUUGCCGGCUUUGACGCCAUUGCGACAUGCUCGCCUCACAACUUUGAUCUCGUCAAGUCCUACGGACCGUCUGCCGUCUUUGACUACCAGGCUCCCGACUGCACUGAAUCGAUUCGCAAGUAUACCAAAAGCAGCUUGAAAUACGCUCUCGACUGCAUAUCUACAGCCACCAGCAUGCAGUUUUGCUACCGCGCGCUCGGUCGCUCUGGCGGCAAGUACACCUCGCUCGAGCCAUACUCGGAAGCAGUGGCUCAAACGCGUAAACUCGUGAAGCCUGACUGGAUCAUGGGACCACAACUACUGGGUAAAGAGAUUCCUUGGCCGAAGCCUCACUGGCGAGCACCGGAUGCCGAGUUAGGGGCAUUUGGAGCGAAAUGGACAGCUACCUUACGAAAACUUCUAGACUGUGGGCUUAUACGGCCGCAUCCGAUCAUUACACGAGAGGGUGGGCUGCGUGCAGUACUAACGGGAAUUGACGAUAUUCGAGAGAAGAAAAUAUCAGGAAAGAAGCUAGUAUAUUCUUUAGACGAAUAA